AGAACUCCGGAGGACGCCCGAACGAAGCAGCACCGCGGACAGCGCCCGCCGCGCCGCGCCCAGCUCAGCCAGCGCUGCCCUCUCGCCCUGAGGUUCCCGCUCAGCGCUCUGAUAGAUAACUCGCCCCUGCACCAUGGCAGAAUCCCACCUGCAAUCAUCCCUGAUCACAGCCUCACAGUUUUUCGAGAUCUGGCUUCAUUUCGACGCUGACGGAAGUGGUUACCUGGAAGGAAAGGAGCUGCAGAACUUGAUCCAGGAGCUUCUGCAGGCGCGAAAGAAGGCUGGAUUGGAGUUAUCGCCUGAGAUGAAAACCUUUGUGGAUCAGUACGGGCAGAGAGAUGAUGGAAAAAUAGGAAUCGUAGAGCUGGCUCAUGUCUUACCCACAGAAGAGAAUUUUCUACUGCUCUUCCGAUGCCAGCAACUGAAGUCCUGUGAGGAAUUCAUGAAGACUUGGAGAAAGUAUGACACUGACCACAGCGGCUUCAUAGAAACCGAGGAACUCAAGAACUUUCUAAAGGACCUACUAGAGAAAGCAAACAAGACCGUGGAUGAUACAAAACUAGCUGAGUACACAGACCUCAUGCUAAAACUCUUUGAUUCAAAUAAUGAUGGGAAGCUGGAGCUGACAGAGAUGGCCAGGUUACUACCAGUGCAGGAGAAUUUCCUUCUUAAGUUCCAGGGAAUCAAAAUGUGUGGGAAAGAGUUCAAUAAGGCUUUUGAGUUAUAUGAUCAGGAUGGCAACGGAUACAUAGAUGAAAAUGAGCUGGAUGCUUUACUGAAGGAUCUGUGUGAGAAGAACAAACAGGAACUGGAUGUUAAUAAUAUUACUACAUACAAGAAGAACAUAAUGGCCUUGUCGGAUGGAGGGAAGCUCUACCGAACAGAUCUUGCUCUUAUUCUCUCUGCUGGGGACAACUAGAGUUGGUGGCCACAACCACUUGCUAGUGAUACAUUGUAUCUAAAAACAUAACUGUGCACUAUAAAGGAGUAGGCUGUACUUUUCUUUUAUAUCUGUAAAUCCUACUGCAUAGAGAGAAUUAUCCAGGAUGGGUGGCACAUUCUUUUCUGCUUGUUUCUAUACUGUUUGUAAUGUACAGUUUUUGUAACCAGAUAAUUGAAAAGAAGGAAGUCCAUGCUUAGGCCAGCUGGUACAAUCAAUUAAGAAAUGAAUCUAACAUGGUUUUGCUUUCAUAAAUGCAGCUGAAUAUUUGGAUUUCCCUAAAAAUUCUACCAGCAUUCUUGUCAAAAAAAUCUAGUGUUGGGUGUGCAAAUGCACAACUGUCACCGAGUAGAACAAUAACACAUAACAAGCCAAGUACUUUUAUUUUAGACGAUCAUAGGACUGUCCCACCAAGCACUUCUAUGUUGUUUCCAUCUAGUGGAGGGGAGGUGCUUCUGCAUCUGAAGCACCAAACAUCAAUCCCUAGUUAGUUAAUUAUGGCUUUAUUAUAAAACGUUCUCCCUAGAGAUUUAGUUUACCGAUCAUUGACAUGUCUACUGCUUGAAUAGAAACCACACUAUUGAUUCAAGAUGGCUUGGCGACAAGGAAAGGGAGCCAGAUGACACAGACAUCUGUCUGAUUUUAUGUCUAUAUUUCAAAGAAGUCUACUGCCAGAGAAUGUGACGUUAGCCCAUUUUCUAAAUUAUUUUCAUGUGUUUCCAGAUGACAAUUAUUCUAGUAAACUGCUGUUUUAUGUCAUAUUCGCUGUGUACUCUCUGAUUAAAUUCAAUGUACUGAGUAUCCUGGUGUCUAGUUUGCAUACUUCCUGGAUUUUCUAUGUAGAAAUGUUCACCUCCACCAAGGGUAUCUAUUGGCUCUGAAAAUAUUUUUUUUAGCUAUAACUAUUCUAUUUUUACUAUGUAAUUGAUUUUAAUGUAAGAUUCAUAGCAACCUGAUUAUUGAAUGUUAUUUCAUCAAAAUUUUUGUGUAUCCUGUGGAUUCUAUAUUUCAUAUUGAGAUCAGCAUUCAAAAUAGUUCAAUUUCUAUCUCUAGAGUUUCAGACAAGUUCAAGAUAGAAUCAGAAGAGAAAUGCUAGUGUAAUCAUUUAUCUUAUCUAGAAAAUGAUAAUCUAAAACCCUCAUGGGCCCACAUGUAGCUCAAUUUCAUAUAUUUUUAGCUAGUAUAGCCUAUACUGGUUAUAGGUUGCAAAUAAUGACUAAUGACCUUAGAUUCUUUAUUGCAAAGUGAAAACCAGUGACAGAGUCUAUGAAGUUCAUAGUUGCCACUAAAGAGUUAAUGGAGGCCUGGGGCAGCUUGAAUAUCCCUAUUAGGCACUUUUUUCUAGUUCCUAAAAAUAACAACAACAAAAAAGUGGGCCUUUUCUCUCAAAAAUGAAUAAAAAGGGGAUCUACCACUAAAAACAAAACAAAACAAACAAACAAACAAAAAGAACUUCAUAUCCCAUGUAGGGAGGGAACAACAGACUGGCUUUGCUGUAGGAUGCAUUUGGAAGCAGUGGCAUUGCACUGAUUAACUACUAAGAAUAAAGAAAAUUGCAUUACUCUC